UCAUAAAAAAUUUGAUCAAUCAAACACUUUGAGAAGUUGAAUUUGAGUAAAAAUAAUCCUUUUAUAUAAACAUAGCCUAAUAAAUUUGUUGGACUAAUUUUUAUUUGCGAUCCGCAUCACUAUCAAUACCAGAUGACGUGAACAAUGCUACUUGCCAUAAUGCUACUUGCAGAGCCCAUCGGCUUUGGGAUUGGGGCUUCAAAAGCAUCAAAACCAGGCCAUGGUUUCUCUGUCUCUCUCUCAAACUUCUUCACUGAGUUGACGUCUGCAAUCUUCCGACCUCCGAGGAGAAGAAGAAUCGUGUGUUUGCCUCUCAAAUGGCUUCCGCUGCUCGGCUUCUUCAGCAAUCGUCGUCAUGCUUCCAGAUCUAUCCACCCUUUCUUUCGCCUUUCUGCCACAUUAAUAAUAUCUCCUCCAUCCCAAACAAUACGCUUCUUCAUUUUCCGCCAAAAUGCCGCUAUUUCUCAGAAGCAUAUGGAGGCUUCUUUUCUGAAGAUUUUGGGAGGAGCCAAUGCAAUUCUUCCUCACGUAGUCCUUGCUAGCACAGUUUUGGCCCUUCUCUAUCCACCUUCUUUUACAUGGUUUACUAGCAGAUACUAUGCCCCAGCGCUAGGGUUUUUGAUGUUUGCUGUUGGGGUAAAUUCAAGUGAAAAAGACUUUCUUGAAGCAUUCAAGAGACCAGGAGCAAUUUUUGCUGGUUAUAUUGGCCAGUUUGUGGUGAAGCCAUUCCUUGGAUAUGUUUUCGGCUUAAUUGCAAUGACAGUAUUUGGUCUCCCUACUUCUUUAGGUGCUGGGAUCAUGUUGACUUCUUGUGUUAGCGGGGCCCAGCUAUCAAACUAUGCUACUUUCCUGACUGACCCACCAAUGGCACCUCUAAGCAUCGUCAUGACAUCCUUGUCCACUGCUACAGCAGUUUUUGUCACCCCAAUCUUAUCACUGUUGCUUAUUGGAAAGAGGUUACCGGUUGAUGUGACAGGAAUGAUAUCCAGCAUUUUGCAGAUUGUAGUUGCACCCAUUGUUGGUGGAUUGCUUCUGAAUAGGUUCUUUCCCCUGAUUAGUAAUGCUAUUCGGCCAUUUUUGCCACCACUGUCUGUAUUUGUGACUUCUCUCUGCGUCGGAGCACCGCUUGCCAUUAACAUAAAUUCAGUUAUUUCCCCUUUUGGGGCGUCUGUUCUUUUGCUUGUUAUUGCAUUUCAUUUUUCCGCCUUUGUUGCCGGUUAUUUCCUUUCUGGACUUGCCUUCAGUGAUGCACCUGAUGUGAAAGCAUUGCAAAGAACGCUAUCCUAUGAGACAGAGCAGUCUUCUAGCCCUUGCACUUGCAAAUCGGUUUUUCCAAGAUCCACUUGUGGGUGUCCCUCCUGCAAUUUCUCUAAUUCCCACGGGUCCAUGCAAAUGACCCCAUUCACAAGCACAAAGUAUGACUCCACCCAAGCGGAUGUUGGUGUGGCCCCAAGGGAAAGAAACUGUGUUCUUUCCACUUCCUUACCAAUUAUGCUUAUCUUGUGGGGUUGUAAUAAUGUCAUUAAUGGGUUUCUCUCUUGUCAUGCUGUGGGCUAAGGAAAAGAAUUAAUGGCUAAUAAAAUGAAAGUCGGACACUCUCCAAGGGGACAGUGGGCCUUGCAGCGCAUUUACAAGGAAUAUUUUUCCAAGGGUCCACAUGCCUUGCCCAAUGCUCAGUUGGCCUAGCUGGUUUAGGUAGGUGGGACUCUUCUCUUAGAUCUUGGAGCUUCUUUUGAAGCAGAUUGGGUAGGUGGGACUCUUCUCUUGCCAGUUGUUAGUUUGUCUCUGUUUUCUUUGUAUAUAAAUUGUCUCCAAGCAUGUAAGACUUACAUUUUUAUACUUAUUUAAGUAGAAAAGUGGAAAACAUUUUAAAGAUGCUUGCUUAAACUUAAUAUAAAUUUUGAAAAUUAGAAAACA